AUGCUUACUUUAGAGCAUUACGUCUGGAUCUUGGCCGAGGAACAGAUCAAUCUGCCGCCGAUGGGCGGAUUGUUCCUAGAAGAAUCGGCUCCGGCAGCAAUGGCCUCAUCAAUUUAUCCGAGGAAGAGCUCUGCCGGGACGACUAUCAUCCGGUGUUCUUCCCGGACGAGUCACUGGAGGGCGAUGGUCGGAGGCUGCGCCCUGCGGCGGCGCGGAGGGUUCAUGUCGGUGACGCUGUCAUCGAUUAACGAUGGUGGCGGCGGUGGUGAAGGGAGCUGCGGUGACGAUCAGCUGUCAGUGAGCGGCGUGUUGGGCAAUGCAGGGGAGAGCGAGAAUGAGGGCGGUUUUGAAACGGCGUCGUUUGAGGAGGUUGGGAAAAAGGGACGAUUGAGAGGAGGCGGUGGGGCCACCUUCAACACUGCUAAGCAUCUCUGGGCCGGUGCUGUUGCUGCCAUGAUCUCGAGAACCUUUGUUGCACCAUUAGAGAGAUUAAAGCUGGAAUAUAUAGUUCGUGGUGAACAAAGGAAUCUUAUUGAGCUCAUUAAGUCGAUAGCAGCUUCCCAAGGGCUGAAAGGAUUUUGGAAAGGAAAUUUUGUCAAUAUUUUACGAACAGCACCAUUUAAGGCCAUCAAUUUUUAUACAUAUGAUACAUAUAGAAAUCAGCUGCUCAGAUUGUCUGGCAAUGAAGAGACGACAAAUCUUGAGAGAUUCAUUGCGGGUGCUGCAGCUGGAAUUACUGCUACAAUUCUCUGUAUACCUAUGGAUACUAUCAGGACAGUCAUGGUUGCACCUGGGGGAGAAAACUUGGGUGGAUUAAUUGGCACUUUCCACCACAUAAUCCAUACCGAAGGGUUCUUUUCUCUGUACAAGGGCUUGGUUCCCUCAAUCAUCAGCAUGGCCCCUUCUGGUGCUGUGUUCUAUGGAGUCUAUGAUAUAUUGAAAUCGGCUUAUUUACACUCCCCGCAAGGCAAACAGAGGCUCCAGCACAUGAAGCAACAAGGUGAGGAGUUGAAUGCUCUGGAACAACUCGAGCUGGGUCCCAUCAGAACUUUGAUGUAUGGGGCGAUAGCCGGUGCUUGUGCCGAAGCUGCUACAUACCCAUUUGAAGUGGUGAGGAGACAACUUCAGAUGCAAGUUCGUGGGGCGCAGAUGGGUGCUUUACAGACUUGUUUGAAGAUAGUCAGGCAGGGUGGUGUCCCAGCAUUAUAUGCAGGAUUGAUACCGAGUUUAUUGCAGGUUUUACCGUCAGCUGCCAUUAGUUAUUUGGUGUAUGAAUUCAUGAAGAUUGUUCUUAAAGUGGAGUAA